AGAGAGAUAAGGGGGAGUUUUGUGUACACGUGUUGGAUUUGAACAGCCGGGUGGUGAGUUGAAGGAGACAGAUGAACGGCGGAGAUCGGUUUUGUUUUGACGUGCUACGUCACACAAAUUGUACCUGCUGGUCACGGUCUGCUCGUUACCGGCCUUUUGUGUGUGCAACCAAAAAGCUUUUGCAGAGAGUUUUGUGUAUCUACCAAGCUGUGUCCUCCUGGAAGCCACUGAUCUUUCUCUCAUCUUUAGAUUUUUGAUUUCUUAUAGGUUUUUAAAGUGGUUUAAUUGAAAUCUCUACUGAAUUUUGCGUAUGGAGUAGAGAAAGUGGGUGUACCCGGGGCAUUGGAAGUGGUGGAGAUUAUGUAAUGGCGGCGAUCUGUUGCGAAGUAGUGAGUGACAGCGAAGCAUCGACGCCGUGCGAACCGAGUUCACGACUGGCGAGGCGUCGGAGAAUGGAGAUCCGACGGUUCAAGUACGUCGCCGGUGUGACCACCCCUGAGACCUCAAACGGACAGAAGCGUCAGAAACUAGAGCACGAUAACGCCGUCGAGAAUAGUUCGUCAGAUGGAGGAGAACAGAUUUUAGAGUCGGAAAACGAGAGAUCGGAGACGAAAGAGAGCUCGAUUUCAGAUCGCCCUGAGAAUUUGUCGAGUCCGAUUUCGAGUUCAUCACUGUUGUCUAGUUCAGUGAGUCAGGAGGUGUAUCCGAAGUUUGGUGUGGCGUCAGUUUGUGGUAGGCGGAGAGACAUGGAGGACGCGGUGGCGAUCCACCCGUCGUUUUGCCGGAGAGAACAUGAAACCGCCACAGAAUUCCAUUACUUCGGCGUUUACGACGGCCAUGGUUGCUCUCAUGUGGCGAUGAAGUGUAAAGACCGAUUACAUGAACUAGUGAAAGAAGAGUUGGAGAAGACCGAAGCGCCAACGGAAUGGAAGAUCGCGAUGGAGCGAAGCUUCAAUCGCAUGGACAAGGAGGUUAUCGCGUGGAACAAAACCGCGUUGGGCCCGAAUUGCAGGUGCGAACUCCAAACGCCGGAGUGCGACGCCGUUGGAUCCACAGCCGUGGUCGCCAUUGUUACGCCUGAUAAGAUCAUCGUCGCUAACUGUGGUGAUUCCAGAGCUGUUUUGUGUCGCACUGGCAAGGCGAUCCCCCUCUCGAACGAUCACAAGCCGGAUCGUCCAGACGAGCUGAGCCGGAUCCAAGCAGCCGGAGGCAGAGUUAUAUACUGGGACGGUCCACGAGUUCUCGGUGUUCUCGCCAUGUCAAGAGCCAUUGGUGAUAACUAUUUGAAGCCAUACGUGAACUGUGAGCCGGAGGUGACUGUGACGGAUCGGACGGCGGAGGAUGACUGUCUGAUACUGGCGAGCGAUGGUCUGUGGGACGUGGUGUCGAACGAGACGGCGUGCGGAGUGGCGAGGAUGUGCCUGAGAGGGAAGGCGCCGCCGUGUGCGGCGGAGAGCAACCAGAAUUCGGAGGAGGAGAGAGAGGCCGGCGGCGGAGGGGAAAUGGUGGGCAAGGCGUGCUGGGAUGCGUCCAUGCUGUUGACGAAACUGGCAUUGGCCAGGCGAAGCACUGACAACGUAAGUGUGGUUGUGGUGGACCUCAGUAGAGACACGUAGCGAAUGGACAGCACUUCGUGUUAAUUUUGGUUUUUUUUUUUUU